AUGGCUAGUGCGACAGCAACCUUAGCCCUGUGUCAGUGCCCAUCUUCUUCUUUUUCUUCGUCUUCUUCUUCUUCUUCUCUGCGUAUGCAUGUGAGUGUUUCAUGCAGAGCCCCUCAGCUUUCAGCAUCCUCACUUGACAAAACCCUUCAUCGGAUUAAGAAUUCUGGUAUCAUAGCUUGCCUCAGAGCUAACAGUGCAGAAGUGGCCUUGGAAGCUGCAAAUGCUGCAAUAGCUGGUGGCAUUUCAGUUUUGGAGAUUGUGAUGUCGACCCCAGGUGUGUUUGAGGUUCUGCAGCAGCUGGUGAAGGAGCAUCCUACAAUGGCUCUAGGGGUUGGAACUGUUCUCAGGAUUGAGGAUGCAAAAACUGCAAUUAAUGCCGGAGCCAAAUUUCUAAUGAGUCCUGCAAUUGUUAAGGACAUUAUGGAUUACGUUAAGAGUGGUGAAAUUUUAUAUAUUCCUGGUACAAUGACUCCAACUGAAAUAUUGUCUGCAUGCGAUGCAGGUGCUAAAAUUGUAAAGGUUUAUCCAGUUUCAGCACUUGGAGGAUUUCAGUACAUAUCAGCACUCAAGAAGCCCUUUCCUCAUGUCUCUAUGGUUGCUUCUCAGGGAAUAACAAUAGAUUCUAUUGAGGAAUAUAUUUUACGAGGAGCAUCAUCAGUUGUUUUGUCAGAUGCGAUAUUUGAUAGAGACGCUAUAGCACAACAUAAUUUCAGUAAGAUAUAUGAACUUGCACAUUCUGCUUCCUUGCUGGCUAACAAAGCUGUGAAUAGUUGA